ACUUAGUGCUCCCUUUCCUGCGGGCCGAGUAGGAGCUGUACUUUCUCCAAACGCGACUUGGUCCCUAGUACCCCCAGGCACCCUGUGAAGCGACAAUGGCGACUAUUCUCGCCUUUGUGUAAAAGGGAACCGCGCAAUCGGAGAGGGAACCCGGCAGGUGCGUGGCGAUGCUGAAGGACCGAGUAGCAGCACUACUUCACACAGGAGGGAUGAGAGGAAACCGAAGGAGAACGGAGCGUUUCUAAGCAACAACAGCAGCAGCAGCAGCCUACGAUGGGCUACAAGAUCCCCGGGGCAGCGAUGGACCGCGUGAGCCUGCUGUGGCGUCUACGUCGGCGUGCCCGCCGCGGCGCCCUGUGCAUGGCCUUCUUCGGCAUCGCCAUGACGCUGCUGUACGCCCUUUGCGCCGAAAACAGCGUAACUGUCACUGACGCCAUCUUCGGCGUGCGGGCGCGCACCCGGGCCCAGCCUCGCACGCGCGCUGUCGUUAAGGUGCUUCGAGGCGGCUCCAAGCUCGCGUACAUGGACCCCCAGAAGCUCCCCGGCGUGGUCCCCGGUGACCCCCGCCUCCCCAUCCCCGUGCUAUCCUCGCCCAACCACACCCGCGAGCACCAACCCGCCAAGCCAAAGUCCAAGGAGGACCGGGGUUUCUUUGCCAGAGUGCUGCCGCGGCCCCUCGUGAGGGCGCUGGACACGGUCUUCGGGGGCCGCCGGCGGGGCCAGCUGAGCGACAAAGGCGGCUUAGCGUCCAACGGCCUUCUGGGAAAGGUGUGGAACGAGCACAUGUCCAGUAGCAUGUUGGGGAGGAGACUGAAGAAGGUGUUCAACAACUACCAGGCGAUGAACAAGUACGAGGUGAAGCUCCCCGAUGCGCCGGGCUCGCCCCGCAGGAGGGUGCUGAGCGGGCCGGAGCUCUUGUGCCAGCUGUACCAGAAGGUGGCGCUGUCCACGCUGACGGCCGACCUGCCGCCUUUCUCCUCGUUGCCGUGGGCCUCGCAGCUGCCGCCCAAGCCGCUCGCCUCCGACGUGGGGCCGUUCAAGAGCUGCGCCGUGGUGUCGUCCGCCGGCUCGCUGCGGGACGCCGGCCUCGGCAAAGAGAUCGACUCCCACGAUGCCGUGCUGCGCUUCAACAGCGCCCCAACCGACGGCUACGAGAAGGACGUGGGUUCCAAAACCACCAUCCGCCUCAUCAACUCGCAAGUGAUGGCGUCCGACGACCACCAUUUCCUGUCCAGCUCGCUGUACAGCUCGGGUGUAUUGGUGGCCUGGGACCCUGCUCCCUAUUCCGCGAACCUCACGCAGUGGCUCAACCGCACCGACUACCCCAUCUUCAGCCAGUACCAGCGCUACAGGCGGCUGCACCCCCAGCAGCCCUUUUUCAUCCUUCACCCGCGCUUCUUCUGGCAGGUGUGGCGGCAAAUACAAGACAACAUGCCGGAGCCCAUCCAGAAGAACCCGCCCUCCUCUGGCAUGCUGGGUACGGUGCUGAUGAUGUCCCUAUGCGAUGUGGUGCACGUAUACGAAUUCCUGCCGUCCCGCCGCAACACGGCGCUGUGCCACUACUAUCAGCAGUUCCACGACGACGCCUGCACGCUGGGCGCCUACCACCCGUUGCUCUACGAGAAGAACCUGGUGAAGCGUAUGAACCAGGGGUCCGACGAUGACAUUUUCAACCGCGGGCGCGUCACGCUGCCCGGGUACAGCAGCCUCAACUGUAACACUACACACGCAGGUUAACCCGCCGUGCAUGUCGGGCGAAUUGGAACACGUGCUGGAGUCCGGUCUCAUGUCAUAGAGGUGCCCGCUCAACCGAUGAGUCUAUCCUCAAUAGCGUUGCGAAAUUUCAAGAAUUUUCAAAGUUGGAAAUAGGCAUGGGCUGGUUAGCAAUAUCAAUGCUUGGGCCUGUGCGUGGUUUGCGACUUUCAAUUGGAAUUAUCAGGAAUUUAUGGGAAUUUAAAAAAAAAAAGGUAGUAAAAAUACAAAGUGAAACCGAUAUUACGGAGCAAUUCGGGUACUGUAAUGCCCUCACAUGUGGGCAAGGAGAGCGGCCUAUUUUGCAUGAAUCCCCACUUAUAACGAAACGAAUGUUUCUAUUUAUGUGAUACUAAAAAAAAUCCUGUUCAUUCCCAUGGAAAGUUUCCAUUUUGGACCAUUUCCUGAACUGCAAAUUUUCCUUCCUGGCAGUGUUCAUGACACUUUUGCAAAAA